GUAAAAUACUUUCUGGUGUAUGGAUAUGUCAAUUACAAGACUUUCCAAUUGAAUAAUAUGACAGACAGACACCUCAUUAGUAAGAUUGCAUUAUACUGAGCAGAGUUACAGAAGCAUGCAGCAUAGAUCGAAGAGGCAUGCAGUAUAAGAAAAAUUCUAGGUGCCUGAGGAGAAAAAUUUGUUUAUGUAAAAAGCACUUUUAGGUACAUAUAGGUUGAGCGAAGUUAUGGUGUAGUGAUUAUGGAUCGGUAGGUAUACCUGAGGACGUUAACCUAAUUACCUGCAUUGCAUGCUAAUUAUAGUCUGCACUUGGAUAUGUUUACCUUGAAGGAGUAUGAAAUAUUGUCACCGUGGCUGAUUGUAUACAGCUUAGAGAAGUACAUGGAUCAAUUAUUACAGGAAUUAAAUUUCUGGGAUGCCAUAUUGGUUUAUAAAUGGAAGCUUUAAACAUUCAUGCAGACACAAAGUUGUACUGUGCAGAAAUCUUGUAUGAUGGCAGCACCACCUAGUGAAUUUUUCCCACAUCAUUCAUCAUUUAUGAAUCCUCAGUACAACAAUGGAUUUCAACAAUAUGUCACGGAACUACCAGGAACAAUGAACUUCAAUGCGAUUUUUUCUUCAGCCCUGCCUUCCCAUCCCUCCCCUCUCAGACACUCUGUACCUCAGACAAGUACGACCUCAGCAAAUCUGCAUUCAUUCAAUGGUUUUCAUUUUUCUAAGCCCAACAGUAAUCGCAUGCCCUUUUCUUACUCAGCUCUCCCAAAAAAUGACCCAUAUAAUUUCCCUGAGGAAGUUUCUAUGAAACGUAAACAAGAAGAUAAUUAUGGGCAAGUGCCAAAAAAGAAGAAAGUGAAAAGUAACAAGGAAAAAUUAAAUGGAAAUGUAGAUAAAAGUAAUUUAAUCAAAAACAAAAAUGUGAAAAAAGUAAUAGAGACCAAUGGUGUCUCAUUAAACGAAAUUGAAAACAGAGUACAGAAUAUACUUAAAUCAAUACAAAGAGAAUGCAGCGUCAAGGAGCCCAAAAUUGUGCAAUCGAAUAUUAAUUCUGCUCAAGUUUGUAAGACCAAAGAGGAGACAGAUGGAUCAGGUUUUGUUGGUAUUUCUAAGACAAAGGAUGAUAUCGAACUUCAUCAUUUAUCUAAAAGGUCAAUGAAAAGUGCUGAAGAAAUUCACUGGGAGGAGCUUAUUGGUAAUUCUUUGGAAAGGGAAGGUCACAGAACUCCACCAAACUGCUGCGCUAAUUGUGAGAAACUUGGCUUCCGAAACUCUCCUCAGUGUCUCAAUAGACGGUCAGCAGCAGAAGUGGAUAUCUAUGACUUUGAUGACGAUGAAGAUGUCUCAAAUCUCUCGGAACCCAAAAAUUGCUCAAGGAUUGAGGCAGCAAAAUCCAAUGUCUUCAAAACGGAAGAAAAUCAAGAAAAACAUGUUAAUAAAAUGAAAGUGGAAUCGGAUAAUCACGAUUCGGAGAAGGAGAAUUUUUGUGAAAAUGAAUUGUGUUCAGAGUCAUCAACUUUUACAAAAUCACAAAAACCUGAUCUCAAAGAGGAUGGUAGUGCAAAGUUAGAGCUGCUGUCGGAACAUAUAAAUAAGCUGAAAGAGUCCAUGACAGAAGAUGAGGAGCAUUUGGACAGACUUAGGAAAAAUAUCAAAUCGGAGAUGCCAAUGUGUGGUUGCAGGGGCCCAGAUUACAUCCCAAGUGAGGAUGUGGAGGGCCAAUACUACACCCAUCUUGGAGCAGCACGGAGCAUUCAGGCGGUGAGGGAACUCAUGGAAAAGAGAACUGGAGAGAAUGGGAAAAGUAUUCGUAUAGAGAAGAUUCGUUACACUGGGAAAGAAGGCAAAAGCUCACAUGGCUGCCCUAUAGCAAAAUGGAUCAUACGUCGAUCAGGAGAAGAAGAGAAGUACUUGUGUGUAGUGAGACAGCGGCCUGGCCAUUUCUGUGAAUCGGCCUGUAUCAUAGUGGUGUUGGUAGCGUGGGAGGGGGUGCCCCAGCACAUUGCUGAUGAUCUCUACCAGUAUCUCAGGACUACACUGCCCUCAAAUGGGUUUGAAACAGAGAGGAGAUGUGGAACCAAUGAAAGAAAAACGUGUGCGUGUCAGGGAAUUGACCUCGUGAGGCGAGGUGCCUCCUUCUCCUUUGGGUGUUCCUGGAGCAUGUAUUACAAUGGCUGCAAAUUUGCCCGGAGUAGGGAGGCUAGAAAAUUCAAGCUCAAAGACACCGCAAAGGAAGUUGAACUAGAAGGAAAACUACAAGCCUUAGCAACAAAGAUGGCUCCAUUAUAUAGCCAAAUGGCUCCAGAUGCAUAUUCCAAUCAGACAAAGUUUGAAGACACGGCAAAGAUGUGUCGUCUUGGGAAUGAAGACGGGCGGCCAUUUUCUGGUGUGACGGCCUGUGUAGAUUUCUGCGCCCAUGCACACAAAGAUCUCCACAACAUGAACAAUGGGAGUACUGUGGUUGUGACAUUAACAAAGCAUCGAGGUCUGGGAAAACCUGACGAUGAACAACUCCACACGCUUCCAUUACAUGUCAUGGACAUGACAGAUGAGCAUGGAAGUUCCGAGGCUCAGUUUGAGAAGGCGAGAAAUGGGUCUUUGGAAGUGCUUCAGUACUACCCUAUGGAGGCUCGAAUGAGGGCAGUGCCCCUUACCCCCAAGAAAAAGAAAGGAAAGAAAGGAGGCUCAAUGCCAGCGAAAAAAGGCAGGCCAUUCAAAAACCCAGAAAAUGCGCAGAAAGCCUUCUCUGCUGAUCAAAGUCAGAAUCAGAAAAGUCAGAAUCAGGAUGGAAACAGCUCUUGUGAUCCCUCUAUGUCUUCUAAGUUUUCUUUUAAUGAAAAUAAGGAGUUUUUAACAUAUGAAGAUAUGAUGAAACUUUCUGAAGAGCCAGAGUUUGCCAGUAUGUAUGACUCGUUCUGGAAUUACUUUUAUAAGUUUGGAACAUUCCCACCUCCAAACUUUUUACACCCAAGUGAGUUCAGAAACCAAAUGGCCAGUAAAACUUCAUCUGUGAUACCUAAUAAUUUAUCAUCAGACUCAAGUAAUACUCAGGGUCAUCCCAAUGGUGCUGAGAAAUCAUAUCAAGGUCAAGGUCUACCUCCAUCUUUGGCCUUUGACCUAAACACCAGGCAGCAGCCAGACGCCCCUCUCGACUUGUCAUCCUCAGGUUCAACAUCACACCUCAAGGCAGCAAAUCAUGAGUCUACAAAGUAUGCACCAUCAAAUCAGUCACCUUUAGAUAUUUUGUCAGAUGUCGUUUCCAUGAUGCCCUACUGCAAUUUAAGUCUACCUCAAAACAAAGACAGCAAAGAUCAAACUUUUAAUCAGUUACAUUCCAGCAACUGUGAACAAAUGCUCAAGAAGGCAGAGGUUUCCCCCGAGUCGCUUCGGGAGUCGUUCGAGAACAAAGUCAAGGAAGCGGAAGCAGCUGGUAGCCACAUGAAAGUCAUGGAUCCGACGGUUGUCAAGUGUGAGAUGGAGUAUAAUGAAAAUGCUUUUCGUGAUCCAGAGAUAGGAGGAGUGGCCAUUGCACUGCAGCAUGGAGCAGUGUUGUUUGAAGUGGCUAAGAGAGAGCUUCAUGCCACCACUGGUUUAAGAAAUCCAAAUCGGUACGAACCUACGAGAAUCAGCCUUGUGUUUUACCAACACAAAAAUCUCAACUACAAGAACCAUGGGUGGUAUGAACAUGAGAAGAAGUGCGAGAUGCUGAAGCAGAAGCGCUUGGAGAAGAUGCACCUGGAGACCAAUAAUCUAGUCCCAGAAUAUGUCAAAGAAGGAGAAAAGAUGAAAAAGAAGAAAGGAAAGAAAGAGAAAGAAGUUGAUUUCUCCAAAACUUCUGCUGCUCAGUAUAAAUACAUGCUGCAAGCACCUGCAGCAAGUACAGUCACUCUGACAACAGAUUCUGUCAUCACAAGAUGGAUUGAUCCACAACCAAUGGUUACAGGGCCUUACCAGAGAUGGGUUUAAGUUAAGUGGUCUUGAAUGACGCCAAGCUGUCUAACGCAUGGCACCUUUAUCUGUACUUUAAUUGUUUUUAUUCAGCUAAACAGAAACAAAAACAUAUCUUAAACAAAAAUGCCUUUUAUCAUAUAAAAAUGGAACUUCUACUCCAUUUAUUUUAGGACAAUGAUUUUUAUGAUAAAAAAUUUUUUUAAAGUGUACAUGUUCUAUUUCAGAUGUGUUGGGAUAUAAUGUGUAUGUUUUGAGUACGUGUUUUACAAGAUUUUACUAAACUUCGUUAGGUCUGUUGAUGCUGAAUACAACACCAUAUUUAUUACUGAAACAAAUUGAUAUAGGGCAGCAUAUUCAGUAUUGUUAUGUGUGUAUAAAGUAAAAGUACGUGUUGAUUACUUUCUGAGUGCAGAUGACUGCAUGUGCCUCGCUGAUCAGAACAUACAAUACCACAGUCUAAUGGAGAUUUUAUCGCAAUUUUCAUCUGCUGUAUAAAAUGUUACUUUUUAUGGAAUCGAUACAGUUUUAUCCUGCAUGUAGAUUUUCACUGCCAGAUUCAGAAAUGAUAUAAAUAUAAUUUUCUGCUGAUGGAAAGGAUCACUGAAAAUUAUCACCUGUAAUUUAUUGAAAUGUUGUACACAUGCUACAGAGGCAAAUCUUUUUAUUGUUUAAAGAUCUAUUCAUACGAGGGAAGAUUUGUUCCAAUUAUUGCAUUUAACAUUUUACUUUUUGCUUGCUUUUUAUAGGUGUUUAAAAUGUUCAUACAUAUUUAUUUGCAAAACUGAUUCUAUGUUCAAAUGGGUUAAAAUGAAUGUAAACUUAGACUAUUAUGUCUUGUCCAUCACAGUUUUUGACUUCAGUGCAAAAUAGUACACUUUUUUGGACAGUUUUGUUUAUUUUCUUGUUUUUGUGUAGAAGUAGAAUUUUGUUAAGUUUAAUGAUUGUUUUUACAUUUUUGUUUCAGUCUUAAGUCUGUGAUUUUAUUUCUGGCAACAUUUGAAAAGCCUUGUAGUUGAGAUAUCAUAAUAAUCAAUUUUUAGCAAAUGAUGAAUGAAUUUUACAGUAAUUAUCAUUAAAAUUGUAUAUAGGAUAUUUUGUACAUAGUAUUCAUAUUAUUUUAUUAUGAAUUUCAGAAUUCCCAUGUUUUUUGAACACUCUCAGGGAAACCUAACUUUUUUUUUUUUUACAUCAGCAAGUGUGCUGAGAAUGCCAGUUUAUUUAAAUCACUUUAUAAUUCUGUGAUUUUCAACACACUGUAAGCAAUAUGCUAUGAUAUUCUCAAGAUAGUGCUAAUAUGCAUAUAGGUAAUAUUUUUAACUGCUUGUUUUUUGCAAACAUAUGUCUCAUGUAUAUUGAAAUAAGAAAUUGCAAUUUUUCUCCCAAAAGUGGUUUUCAAAAAUAUAUAACAUUGCCUUGUUUCAAUUUCUUUUCAAAUAUUUACAUUUUACAAAUUUUUUAAACAGUUUAUAUUAACCGUUUAUAUUUCUAAAUCACCAUCUACAUUUAAAACAGGAACAAGUUCAAUUAUAAAAAUGUAAAUAAAAGGAGUAAAUGCCCGGGCUGUUUGUAUUGUCGGGGAUACUAAUGAUGGAGGUAUGGGAUAUUUUCUGUAUAAUUGACUUCUUUGAUUAUACAGAUUGUCCAAUACAUUUUUGUACACCCCUCCCUCCCCAAAUACUUAUAAGCUAGACAUUCAUUCCUCAGAUAAAUGUGAAAGAACUUUUACAGAAAUCCAGAUGUGAUACAAUUGAUGUCAACAUUCCCCUAAAUUAGAUUUAUUUAAAUAAGUUAUUUAAUAUACAAGAUGUAGGGCAGUUCCUAAUGAACAACAUGCAAUAUAUAUCCAUGUUGUGAUCAUAGUGCAUAUGAGAGACCUAGACCCCCUGCCCAUUAUUGAGAAGUAGGAUGGGAGUGGGAGAAAGUGCUUGAAAAUAUUUGGCUUGGGGUUUAUUUCUUGAUUUGAAAUGAUCCAUGUAAACUGAUGUUUCAUAGUGCUUAGAUGUCAUUCACAUUUAGUCUUUGGUUUAAAUCACAACUGUCCGUUUUGGAUAGAGCUGUUUUGCAUCGAUGACUGAUGAGACUAAGUUAUAUAUAUAUAUAUAUUUAUUUUAUAUGAAUUCUUACUGAAAUUGCCCUAUGAUGUAUAAAUGUUCAUUUUUUAUCAUUAAGUCAUAUUUUAGGGAAAAAAUAUUUUAAUGCUAAAAGAGUAAAUGUGGAAGAUUUUAGAUAGCAAGGCCACUAUUUAGCUGUAUAAUGUGAAUGUUGACUAUUGUAACAGGUGUGUUGUCAGUGAGCACAGAUAUUGUGUAAUCUUUUUAAAUGUGCAAACAGUUUGUUAAAUUUAGAAUACGGACACGAGUCCAGAUAUAAUAUACAGACCAUGGUUUUUAUGCUUGACAUAAAACUGUGAUGAAAGUAGCUUUAUUUGUUAGAUAUUUGUACGUUUUUUGUAGAUAUGUAAUUUAAUGGAAAUACAUAUAUUGAUAUAUAUCUAAUUAUAAAAGGACUAAAGAUGCAAACAGAAUAGACAUUCUGUUUUGUCCAAUAAAAGUCAUCAAAAUGAA